AUGCUAUUUAUUGCAACAUUUCGGCACGUUUGCAUUGCUGCCUCAUCACUCCCAGCAGGUGCAUUGGUAAUAUGUGUUCUAUUAUGUUUGGCUACAAAUUCAUGCGUCCAGACUCAUUGCACGGAUGCCAAUUUCCUACCGUCCCUAAGCGCUGCUGUUGGCAGCAAUGAACCUCAAAAGACGAUAUGGAUCAUAUCGAUUCUUAUUAGUUCGGCUUGGAGGCUGUUGAUUCUAUUAAAUAGUUACAUAAAUUCCCGUAAAUUCAAUUCAUUCUCAGGCGGUCAUUUAUCCCUUUCCAAUUUGCCAUAUCUAUCAAGUUUUAUUGAAAUAUUUUCACUCAAUAUGCUUAGCAUUGUUUCUUCAUCUGAUAACUACAUUCAGCACCGCAAUUACUUCUGUGCCUUUGCUUUGUUCUCGGUGGUCUACAUGAUAACAGAUGUUUACGUAUUACAACUUAGGCUUAAAACAACUGAAAAUGCUUUUCUGAGUAACAUAUUACGAAAGAAGAUAUAUCUUAUGGCGUUCUACUUAAUUUGUUUGUUGAUUGAUGGACUGUGUUAUUGGAUUCACAUGACAUUUUGUCCUCCAUAUGCUUAUACUAUAUUUUCUGCAGUUGAAUAUGCUGCAAUAUUUGCAAACAUUUUUUAUCACUAUACAACCUCCAGUACAUUUGAAGAUAUAUCAGUGAGGAAAAUGAUCAUUUACUUUUCCACCGGUCGAACUAUUCCAUUCGUAAAUAUGAAGUCAGAACUACCAUUGUUGGAAGUAAAAUGA